AUGGCUGCAGCUACCAAAAUCCCCGCGCGAAGUCUCAACGGCUGCUGGACGUGUCGUGUCCGUCGGAAGAAAUGCGACGAGACCCGUCCUGCAUGCACCAGAUGCAUCUCUCUGGACCUGGAGUGUCACGGCUACGGACCGAGACCCUUCUGGAUGGACAACGGAGCUUUGCAGAACGAACAGGCCUCCAAAUUUCGGCAGAUGGUCAGCCAAGCUCGGUCCAGAAAGCGAAGGCAGAAGCUGCUUCUUUCGACUCGCUCAUCGGGGCGCAAUCCUGCGUACCCAUUCUUUAAUGCAGCCCAGGAGGAGUUCCAUGAUCUCCCCCGAGAGAGCGAUCUGGCCGCCUUUAAUGCCCUAGCGUGCAGUGCUCCGAUCCAACACCAUCCCAUCCCCACCACCGAAGCCCCCUCGAUCUUUUCGGAUGAAGACUUUGCCGUGUCCCCGCUCUUCUCCAAGAACAUGGAAUGGGCGCAGAACUCAUCCUCACCCGCAUCGUCUGUAGAAGGACUGCUGUUAACCCCCAGCUUGCACGGGCUGCACGAACCCGGGAUUGUAUGGGGGGGCAUGGUGUCGCCGGAAGAUCUUGGACUGGCCACGAGUAAAACAACCUUGUCGGACCUUGACGAUCUGAUGUGGAGCGCAUCCCUGGAUAGUCCCCACUUCCAGGAGGCUACUUUGCCUACCGACCAUGGAAACGGUAAACCUACGUCCGACAUGCAUGCGCUGGCUGCUGCAACCUGCGGACAGGCCAUCUUGUGGCCAAUGAGCCCCUCCGACUCCGCCAUGGGAGAAAGAGCUGAGGAUGAGUUACUGAUGCACUAUCUGGAUCGGGUCUUCUAUAUCCAGUAUCCGUUUUUCCACUCCCGAGACCGACGAGGAAGGGGUUGGCUCUUGUCGAUCCUCCGACGAGUCAAGCCCGCGUACUAUGCCAGUCUGGCACUCAGCGAGCGCGAUCUUCUCUCAACCUCGCUCUCCAGAGAUGAAAUCACGACGCGACUGACUCAGUUGCGCGCCAAAGAUGGCUACUACGAUAUGGCCCUCCAAGGGAUGCAGCGUAUUAUGGCGGGUUCGUUUGGCUGGCAUGCACCAACACAUCUAGCAAACAGCCUCGAAGGUCUUAUCUCGAUACUCCAACUCCUGUUCUGGGAGAUAUUCGCUGGUGGGACCAAGAACUGGCAGUGGCUUCUGCGCAUGGCUGCUAAUCUAAUCCCUGCCCUGGUGCAGGCGCGGAUGCCUCUUAUAAUGCCUGAUGCAACAGGCCCAGCCUACCCCAGUGGACAGUCCGACGAACCAGGCCCGUCCUCCGAAGACAGAUCUGCUGCCGAUUUUCUUCUUGGUUCCUUCAUAUCAUUAGACAUCAUCGCCGCUGCUUCAACUCGGCGAGCCCCUUUCUUGGAAAUCGAUCACGUUCAGGCGCUGGACCGCCUUGAGAUCCCGUUAGAAACCCUGGUGGGCUGUCGAAACUCGAUCAUGGCCCUGAUUUGUGAGGUCUCUGCGCUUGAUCGUUGGAAGAAAGAGUCGGAGGUGGCGCGCAAGCUUAGUAUCAUUGAUUUAGCGAAGCGUGGAGGGCAAUUGGAGGAGCGUCUACGACAAGAGCUGGCCAGUCUCGAGCAGAUGCCGGUGGCUGAACCGUCGGUAUGGGGGCCCUCUCCGAUUCCUGGCGCGUGUCCGACUCACCCGGGGAUCAGCAAAGCUUUUGGUCUUGCGGCCAUUGCCUACCUCCAUGUUGUCAUUUCCGGCGCACAUCCCGAGCUGCCCGAAAUCGCCAAGAUUGUCUCCGAGAUCAUCGUGGUCUUUCAAACUCUCCGCGAUCAGCGACUCUUACAAAAUGUAGUCUGGCCCUUCUGCAUCUCGGGAUGCUUAGCGCUGGAGGAACACCAGCGUUGCUUUCGUGACCUUUUCGCGGCGUCCGAGGGUACUGAACCGACGGGCGGGACCCUUGGUGAGGCAUAUCAAGUGAUGGAGGAAUGCUGGCAGGCGAGGAAAAGUCGGUCAUCGGAUUGUGAUUGGGUUUCGAUAAUGAAUGAGCGUGGUGAAUACGUGUUGCUUCGAUAG